CGAGUGUAACCUUGGUGAGUGCAUUUACGGCAUAUAAGGUUUUUAUACAAGAUCUUAUCACAGGGUUAAACUGGUCUUCAGGGAAAAUUACAGAGAAGAGAGAAGCGGAAGAGAGAAGAAAGAUGAUUGGAAAUGACGUGGCCCAUGGGCUUGCGUGGUCACAUUACUGUGGUUAUCUACAGCAUGUUUUACCAGGACACAAAAACAGCUUAAUAGAAUUACGAUGUGUGUGUCUGUACCUCGAAUGGAUCAACGCCACAAAAAGUAACGUCACAGUGAUUGAAGAGAAGAUUGAACAAACAGAAUGGUACAAAAAGCUACCAAAUGAUGAAAGAAAGAAAAUACCAAAGAAACUAUAUGAAUUGAUUCCAAGAAAAUGUUAUGUAGAUAUACCAGGGAGUGAUGAGAACAUUGCAAGAGUAUCAGAUAUAGCUAUAGAGGGAGACAGAGCCGGCAAUAAAAGAAAAAUAAAACUUCAAAUUUAUAGCAUUAAGGAUGGGAAAAUGAAAUACUAUUGUGUUUGUGAAUGCCCUCCUGUGUUGAAUACAAUAAACAACAUGAAUGACAUUCAGACGGCUGGGAUUUCACGUUCUACAUCCAGCAAUUUGUUAUUCCCUUGGCGAAAAAGUCCCACACUACAGUUGUUUACCGUUGACACAAAACUGGUUCAGCUGAUGAGAUUCUACUACGCAAUGAAUUCAUUACUUUGUUUGAAAAAAGACAACAAAGAAAAAGCUAGAUUUCUUUUGUUUAACGAAUCAGAAGAUAAACUUUCAAGAGUUCUGCUUCGGGCCAUAAAAGAAGAUUUAAAAGUUGACAGUUCAGAACAGACACUGCAUGGUUCAUUGAUGGAAAAUAAACUUCAGUCGGCAGAAGAAAAUAAAGACGCCUUCUACCAAUUUGAUGUUUUUGUUACUUCCCCAGAAGAUGUAGGAGAACACGACAAACAACCGGUUGAAAAAAUGAGUAAACAUUUAAAAGCCCGGAACAUGAACAUUUUGUUAGAGAAAGAUUGCCUGGGAAAGGACUGGUUGGAAAAAAUAAAUUCGCUGCAACGAAAUGCCGCUGGAUUGUGAUUUUAGACAAACCAAAAGGGUCUUCUUCAGAGAAAAAAAGUUGGUUUGAACACAAAGGGUCUAAAAGCAAAACAUUGAUGUCUUAUAAAGUUGUAGCAUCUUUGAAAGGUAUACUUGAAUCUAGGAAGGUCCAAACAGUUGCCAUUGUAAAUGAAAGUGAUGAAUUACAUAUCUAUGAUGAUCUAAGAUGGGUUGCUUGUAUUCCAUUCCAUAACAAUGAGAAUAGUUUAGUUGAUACAUUAUACAAGGUAAUGAACGGUAACGAAGUCAAACUUGAAAAUUCUACAGAUUUAUAUCUGAAACCAGGUGAAGCUGCAGUUGGGCUAGCAUGGGGGUUUGCUGUCAAUUACCUGAACAAAGUUCUACCAGAAAUGAAAGAAAAAACAGCAACAGUGAUGGAUGGCAAAAAAGAAAAUUUUAAGUUAGACAAAAAGCUGUUCCUCGUCGUUCCGGAAAGCUGCAAAACAGAGCAGACAUUGAAAGAUAUCCCUGUUCAUGGUAAAACAAAACUACCAGACGAUUCCUCAAGAUCGUACCAGUUUACAAUGUACAAGCUACAUGCAGAUAAAGAAAAGUAUUUUGUUGGCCAAUAUGCAGCCCCAGUGGAUGUGAUAUACCAAAUGAAAGAAGCAGGUUUACUAACUCAGGAACAGAUGAAGUCAGAGGUGAAAACAUUCUACACAACUGUAGACAAAAUAAUGAAAAUAUUACUUCAAAACAAAACGAAAGAUUAUGAAUUCGUUUUCUACAAUGACAAAGAGGAAAAGUUGUCCACUGUAAUGUCUAAAAGAGUUGAAUGAGAUAAAAUUUAUGGAUUGUUUUGAUUUUCGAGGAAUUAAAGAACAAAAGACUUAAUAAAGUGAUACAUUUCUUUUAUAAAUUAAUCUUUUAGAGAUUGUCUAUGUUAUUUUGUACAAAUGUAUAGUUAUUUAUUCACAUUUGUUUUAUAUUGUAAUAUUUGGUACAACUGCCUUUUUAUUAUUGUUUCUAGGAACUUAACAACAUUUAAAUAGUAAAUAUUCUUAUUCA